AAGGGUUGACAUGAUUCAGAACUACCACCCUUUUGCUAGUCAGGGACACCUAAUCACGUCUCUAGUAGCAGAUUCGUCAAAGUACGUCCAAGGCGGGGAAGCGUGGAGAAGCAUCUGGGUAGGGAUGAUCACUGCGGGGGCAGGCCAAGAACUGCCCUGUCCGCGUGCGGAGGCGCACUCACUCCCAGCCCUCGCCUUCAACUUCUCAUACACGCGGAGACGCGCCCCGGCUUGCGCGCGGAAAGUGCCGCAGCGAGGCCGGCGCUCAGGCGGGAGGAGCCGCGCAGGCGCGAGCACGUGGGCGGGAAGAUGGCGGCCGGGUUCAAAUUCAUUAACCUGGUAUAUUUUAAAUACAUGUUUCAGAACCGUGGAACCUCUGGAGUAUUACAGGAGAUUUCUGAAGGAGAACUGCCGUCCUGAUGGAAGAGAACUUGGUGAAUUCAGAACCACAACUGUCAACAUAGGUUCAAUUAGUACUGCAGAUGGUUCUGCAUUAGUGAAGCUGGGAAAUACUACAGUAAUUUGUGGAGUUAAAGCGGAAUUUGCAGCACCACCAACAGAUACCCCUAAUAAAGGAUAUAUUGUUCCUAAUGUGGAUCUACCACCCCUGUGUUCAUCGAGAUUUCGGUCAGGCCCUCCUGGAGAAGAGGCCCAAGUGGCUAGCCAGUUCAUUGCAGAUGUCAUUGAAAAUUCACAGAUAAUUCAGAAAGAGGACUUAUGCAUUUCUCCAGGAAAGCUUGCUUGGGUUCUGUACUGUGAUCUCAUUUGCCUCGACUAUGAUGGAAACAUUUUGGAUGCUUGUACGUUUGCUUUGUUAGCAGCUUUAAAAAAUGUACAGUUACCUGAAGUUACUAUAAAUGAAGAAACUGCACUAGCAGAAGUUAAUUUAAAGAAGAAAAGUUAUCUGAAUAUUAGAACUCAUCCAGUUGCAACAUCAUUUGCUGUGUUUGAUGACACUUUACUGAUAGUUGACCCUACUGGAGAGGAAGAACAUCUGGCAACGGGAACCUUGACGGUAGUAAUGGAUGAGGAAGGCAAGCUCUGCUGUCUUCACAAACCAGGUGGAAGUGGGCUGACUGGAGCUAAACUUCAGGACUGUAUGAGUCGAGCAGUUACAAGACACAAAGAAGUAAAAGAACUGAUGGAUGAAGUAAUUAAGAGUAUGAAACCCAAAUAAACAGCCACAACUUUUUCAAAACAGAUUUGUAAAAAUUGUAUUUGUUACACUGUGCACAAACCUUUUAUACUAAAUAAAUAUCAAACUACAUUCUUCUGA